CAGCCAAUCAGACAAAGAGCUGUCAGCUGGGUGGAGCCACAAGUGAGAAACAGUUCAAAGUCUCCCGGAAGAAGACGAAGGAAUCAGCGACGAGCGAGAAGGGUUGUGAGUGACAGAAACUUCAAGCAAAACAAUGUGGAAUCCUAAUGUUCCAGGGCAGCCCGGAUACCCACCAAAUCCAGCUUAUCCCCCACUUACUAAUCCAGCGCAUCCUCCGGUUCCACCUAUGCAGCCUGGUUAUCCAGCAGGUCAACCAAUAUAUCCUCCAGGGCAACCUGCUUAUCCUCCUGGCCAGCCUGGUUAUCCAGUAGGUCAACCUGGAUAUCCUGGGCAACCUGGCUACCCUCCUCCACAUUCUGGACCCUAUCCACCAGGUAUGCCUGGGUAUCCAGUGAACCCUAUGAUGCCAGGUUAUCCUAUGGAUAAAAAAAUGAGAAAGAAGAUGAAAAAGGCAAACAAAAAAGCACACAAGCAUGCACAUGGGAGGCGAUCUUCAUCCUCCUCGUCCUCCAGCAGCGACUAAAAUACAUGUCCAGUGAAUGCUAAAUUUUCAGGGUCAAUCCCCUGCACCAAAGUGUAGUAUGCACAAAUUUUUCUUGGAGAGGAGCCUGCUGCAGACCCAAGUGUCUUAUGUAUGUUAAUCAUCUUGGAUGAAUGUAAUUAUAUCUGCAGUGUUCUUGUUAUUUCUCUGCAAGAGCGAUACCACACAUUCCUGCUGUCAUAUAUAUAUAUAUUAUAUUUAUCACCACUGUGAAGUGAAAUGGACUUAAUUCAAAAAAUUGCUUCCAAAAAUAACGUUUAAUUUACUGUAUGACUAACCUUAAUUAUUAAUCCAAAACUGAUAGUUGUCCUUUUGUAAAGUUGGAUGCUUAUUUUUUCGCAAUUAAAAUGUUUUUUUGGUUUCAAGCCUAACAGUAAUAUAAAGUAUAAACAUAUGAGAAAAGCCUAUGAUUUCAUUAUUUAUCAGUGAUAAAAAUCCAAUGGGUCAAGCCAAAGUCAAGAGAAUAAAACAAAUGUGUACAAUAAGUGAAAUAAAGCGAUGUCCGUCUUUGACAGCGAUUGUGCUGUAGGGAGGGGAACUGGAAAAGAAGAGAAAACAUUUCCAUGCAAAAGAGAAAAAUUGUAUCUGCAGUAAAAAAAAAUAAAAAAAGAUUCUUCAUGGCUAUAAGUACCUAAAAUGUACCUAGUCAUGAAGGUCGAAACAUCUGUUUUUAGAAAAUGUCCUAUCUUUGUGUGGAGUCGAUGGUGGCUGCCUCGGAGUAAUGUCCAAUUAUAUCAAAUCUAUGCAGGCUUUUAUAUCUGAAUAAAAGCUCUAUACGUUUGGAAUCAUCAGAGGCCAAGUGGGCAUGUCAAAGGUAGGAGAGAAUUUAUGCAACUCAUGGGGUGUAGAUCCAAGGGGACAAGACUAUAUAAUAUUUUAAUAUUUGUCUUGAAUACCACAGUGGAUAGAUAUGUUUUUUUUCUUUUAAUGCAGUAAAAAUUUACUCAAACUUAGGACCUAUUGGGACAAUUACAGUAAAGUAAAGGUGGAUGCUUAUUUAACUUAGGUUUGAAAGCAAGGACUGGCAGACACUCAGCGGAGGCUUGGUCAAUGCUCUCGGGUUCAAAUUGGAAUAUGAUUAUUUUGAGUCCCAUCAUUGGCUUGUUAAUAUAAUUCUAAAGAAAA